AAGUAUGAAAAGAAAGUAGAGUAGGCUCUGCGAACGAUAUAUUACAACGGAAGGAAGUGAAUUGAAGUGAAAUUCACGCCGAUCUCUUCCUUCUGUAUAAGAAACAACCAGGAGGUUUAAGCGAAACGUUGCGUAUACACUUUUAACUUUCCGCAAUACUCGACGCUUAACUCAACCCCUCGCAUUGCGCGGUCACGAAAAAGACACUGUACAGAGAAUUUAUCUCUUUCUUUUAGCUGCCUCGUGCACACUAUCGUGCACCUUGUGCGUGCUACAUCAUAUCGAUUUGAUUUCCUUCCGCGGUGCAAUUUUUCUCAAUUACGCGCCGUCCAAACGGAAUGCUUGACGAAGCCAAUAAAUUCCUCCCCACGCGUGGAUGUUUUCCGCUUGGUAAGGUUUGGCAAGCGUCAGUGCUAUACCUGCCACGAAACCGUCAAGAUGGACAGUGUUCAAAGUCAAUAUAUGCGUAUCAAUCAUAUCCUGAUGUGCCUCAUCGGUCAGUGGCCGUACCAGGAGAGUUGGGAAAAGUUUCUCAUCCAAUUCGUCUUCGUGCCCGCGGUUUUCGCUCAGGCAGUUGUUCAGGGUGGCGGCAUGAUUACUGCUUGGUUUGCGGAUGACAUCGACGCGUUUAUGGAGGGUUCGUCGCCUUUUGUAAUUAGUUUAAUGUGCGUCUGUAAACAUAUUAAUUAUACGUACAAUCAUGAGCAGAUGAAGAAGCUCGCCCUCACAAUGGCGGACGAUUGGAAUAUCUAUUCAAAGCUUAGUCACGAGUAUCAUAUUCUUUGUAGGAAUUACGCGAUGGGUAGAAAAGUCACGCUUGCUUACGCAGUCUCCCUAUAUGGCUCAAUGGCCCCCUUUCUGGCGGUACCGGUUAUAAUAAACACAGCCGGCUACAUGGGGUUGUACAACAUUUCCGAGGGUAGACCCCUGAUGUUCCGCACGGAAUACUUUAUAGACUCCGAGAAGUAUUACUACCCGUUGCUGGUGCACUCGUACAUUGGCACCCUCGGAUUCGUCACGAUCGUUGUGGCGAUCGACACGAUGCUGGUGUUUCACGUUCAACAUGAAUGUGGGAUGUGCGAGAUCCUAGGAUAUCGGCUAGCACGGAUUGUUGACGCAGAUACUUUAGACAUAAAUUUGCAUUCAGAUAAAGAGGAGGCUGCAUCGUACAAACAUGUUAAGAAUUGUGUAAUCAUGCACAAUCACAUAAUAGAAUAUGCUAGGCGUAUUGAGGUUGCGAAUACGACAUCGUAUUUUUUUCAACUAGGUUGCAAUAUGAUGGGCAUGACGUUUACAAUAUUCCAGGCAGUGGUAAAGUUGAGCGAUCCAAACGAAGCUUUGCGAUAUGCAUCGUUCACGGUGACUCUGCUUUCCGUUCUUUUCCUCGAAACCUGGCCGGGUCAGCAGUUAUCAGAUUAUGCUGACAAAAUUUUCGCGUACACAACUAAUGGACAAUGGUAUCAGUCUUCGCUGAGAGUGAGAAAAGUGAUCAGCAUUAUGCUGAUGAGGAGUUACAUGCCAGUUAAAAUAACUGCGGGCAAUCUAUACACCUUAAACCUAGCAAAUUUUUCUGCUGUCCUACGCACGUCGUUUUCUUACUUCACUGUCCUUUGCUCUAUGCAAUGAGUGAGGCUCGCUUCAAUUCAAAAGCAAUUAUUGAUGAUAAC